AUGAAGACUACAUUGGUUGUUGCUGCCGCUUUGGCUGGUGCUGCUUCGGCUCAGCAAAGCGUCUGGGGACAAUGCGGUGGUAAUGGAUGGACGGGCCCGACAAGCUGUCAGAGCGGGAAUACAUGCUCUUACCUCAACGACUGGUAUUCCCAAUGUAUCCCGGGUGGGAACGGUAACCCUCAGACGACGACUGCACAGACAACUGCACGCACUACCACCACCACUUCUACAACCACUCGCACAACCACCUCCCAGAAUAGCCAGCAAACAGGAGGAAGUGGAGCUACACCUAUCCCAGGCGGUGCAUCCGGAUCCGGAAAGACCACGAGAUACUGGGAUUGCUGCAAAGCUUCGUGCGCUUGGCCCAGCAAGGGUCCCGUUAUCCCGAACGUCUGUGACGCUAGCGGCAACAGGAUCACUAAUGACCCAAUUAACGCCAAAUCGGCCUGCGAUGGUGGCAAUGCUUUCAUGUGUAUCAACCAGCAGCCACAGAUUGUGAGCGACACCCUUGCCUAUGGCUUCGCUGCUGUCAGCAUCGCUGGUCGUAAUGAACAACAAUGGUGCUGCUCUUGCUAUGAGCUCACCUUGACCUCUGGACCCGCUUCUGGCAAGAAAUUCAUCGUUCAAGCUACCAACACUGGUGGUGAUCUCGGCCAAAACCACUUCGACUUGGCCUUCCCAGGUAGCGGUUUCGGUAUCUUCGACGCUUGCACACGACAAUUCCCUGGCACCCCAGCCUCCAACUGGGGCCAACGAUACGGUGGUGUCUCUUCCCGCAGCGAAUGCGCUGGCCUUCCUUCCGCCUUGCAAGCCGGUUGCAACUUCCGCUUCGACUGGUUCGCUGGUUCUGACAACCCGAGCGUCAACUUUGUCGAAGUCAAGUGCCCAGCCGCAAUUUCUAACAUUUCUGGUUGCUCCCGUUAA